AUGGCAGGAAGUAAAGAGCAGAAAGGAUGUGUUGUGAUGAAGCUCCCUUCAGUUCCACCAGAACGGUCCCUGUACCUCACAGAAGGUUGCUCUCAGGAGCCGCCGGUCCACCACCGCCUCCAUCGGGUCGUUUUACAAACUCUGUUUCUGUUCUGUCAGAUCCUGUACAUGGCCUCCUUCUUCUACACACUCAACUAUGUGUGGGACCUCUACAAAGGAGUCCGAGAGCAGUUCUACAGCUGCAGUAAUGGAUACUCUGUACAGUUUUCCAACAGAAUGAGCACAGCCGGCAAAACGACUGCGCUGCUGUCAGGUCUGAUCCCUGUGCUGCUGAUGACGCCUGUAUUUAUACAAGGAAACAUCAGCCAAUGUCAGGCCAACUUCAGUGAGCCCUACAGGUGUCUGCUGAUGCACACCGGAGCGCUGUAUCUCACCUCAGAGCAACACCAGCCAGUCAGCGCCUGCAGCCUGCUGCACACGUACAGCAUCGCCAUCUUCCUCGCCACCUUCUUCCUCACACUCGGCAGCAUCAUCGUCCUCGUGGUGAAAGCCUGCCGUAUUUACAGACGGGUCGUGACGUCGAACGGUUACCUUGGCAACCAGCAGCGGGCGUCCUUCCGUGUGAUGGACCGGCGGAUGCUCCUGUACCCGCUGAUCUUUGUCCUCUGCUGGGGUCCAGCGGUGGCUCUGGCGUUUCUGCAGGUGGUGAAGCCCUCAGCGGGACAGGGCGGGGCGGGGGUCGCCCUCUACAUCUCACAGGCUUUCACCUCGGCCUCUCAGGGAUUCCUCAACUGUCUGGUCUACGGGUGGACUCGAGCACGUCUCCGCCGAGCCGGCAGGAGGGUUUUGUCUCGAGACGUGGACACUCAGACGCCGCUGCUGAGGGCGCAGAAGGCGAGAAGCUACCAAACACUCCGCAACAUCAGCUGAAAGACCAGAGGACAGACUGAAAGUGAAACUGAGCAGGUGGCUUCUGUCAUCUGCAGCAGAGACUCGAGAGGAAAGUCUGAACUUCCACUUUAAACCGGGAGGGAAAACACCGUGGCCGCGUCUGUGCAGAGGAUGGAGACUUCCUCCUCCGACCCUGAACCACCGAGGCAACAAAAAGGGAAGCAGAAGAAGGAGUGGGAGUUUACAACAAGAGGAAGAGCGACGAUGAAAACAGGAUUUGAAAGAGACGCGGCUGCAUUCACACUAUAAAGUCAAAGCUCACAGGUGGUACAGUUUGCAUGCACCAGAGAACAGAAACAUUUUCUACUUUAAAAAAGUCCCUUCAACCUUUUAUAUCAACACGAAGAUGAAAAAUGCAGCGAACCUUCAAGUUUGAUACUCAUACUGAAGCCCAGUUCUGCACUGAUCUUUCAAGUGAAAUGAAGUUGGAGGUCUUAAAUUCAACAUUUAAGAGUUUUUGGGACAUGCAGAGAGCAGCCCAUCCGGGUAACUUGCCCUUGCAUCAUGACUCCGCCCCCUUUUGGGUGAAAGCAGCUCCUCUAAAUAGACUGGCAGUAAAUGCAAAUUCUAAAACUGGCAGUUUAAUAGCAUGAAACAAUAAUAAUGUAUUGCUUUUUAGCUACUAGGAGCCAAAAUGCUACAGCAAACAAUUAAAGGUAUAUAAUAUGUACCAUAAUAUGUAUGUAUAUAAUAUGUUAUUUCUGCCACUAGGGGGUCUCUCACAUCAAAACAACAGCAACAGAGGGAGUUUGAUGACGUGGUGAAGUAGCGUUGGCUGGUCCCAGGUUAUGUUAUCAUGCUAAUAGACUGAGCACAAAGAGGAUAUGACACCAUCGACAGGCGACUGGUGAAACGCAGCGUUAACUGAGUAAAAUGACAGAUUUCUCUGAGUUUGAACAUUGUUGGAAACAUUUGGGUUAUAGUGAAAUAUUAAGAAUAAAAUACCCUCUGCUCCACACCAUCAAACCAAACUCCAUUCUUAUAGUGGCUGAUUUAGGGCCAUAUUUCUUCACAGUAAAACCUUUAUCUCCACCAUCAUUGAGACUUUACUGAUUCUCUUCAAUCUACGACAAUCUGCUCACAUUGACUCAGUAACAUCAUUAACUAACCUGUGAGGAAGACACAGACUGACUGUACCUUCACUCUUUGACUCUGCCAAUAGAAACUUGCUUGUUUGUUCUGAAGAGGGACGUACGGCUGUUCUCGUCUGAAGCAUCCUGAAGCCUUUUCAGUUUGUUAGUGAUUG